CGCUUCUUUCAUGCUGAUGGUACGCGGCAUGGCUUGCAAUGUUGAUGGCUGUGUAACAACCGUGAUACAGCUAUUCCUCAUUCAUGAUGAUCUUGGCUUUUCAACUCCUCUUUGAACUCAAGUGAUUCAGGAAUAUAUAGUUGAUAUUCUUGCCACUGUCAAUCCAUCAUCACAUUCAUCAUCUACUGUUUCUCCUCUACUUCUCAUACGCGUCCUAUCAUUCCAACACUCACUCGAAAUGUCUUCCACCAUCUCAAUGACGAGCACUGCAACUUCGACAGCUUCAGCAACAGCAUCAUGUAUAAGCGUCACACCCGACAAGAACGGAUAUGUUCCAGAAUGGGCCUGUAAUUCCAACUACAACUACUACCCAUCAUUCGCUGCAGCCAUCAUUUUCACAGUCAUCUUCGGCCUCACGACAAUGCUCCACUUCUACCAAGCAUUCGCAUACAAGAAAUUCAGACUUUGCUGGGUCCUACUGAUGGGUGCUAUCUGGGAACUUGCCAGUUUCGCCAUUCGAUCAGUCGGAACAAGGAAUCAGCAAAAUACGGCGCUUGCCACCAUCUCGCAGAUUCUCGUCUUGUUGGCUCCUAUGUGGAUCAACGCCUUUGUCUACAUGGUGAUGGGGAGAAUGAUCUACUUCUUCGUACCGGAGAAGAAAGUUUUCGGCAUCAAGGGCAUUAAGAUUGCGAAGAUCUUCGUCUGGCUAGACGUUCUCUCUUUCCUUACCCAACUCGGUGGCGGUGUUCUGAUCUCACCUGGCACAUCUCAAUCGGUUCUUAUGGCCGGUAUCCAUAUCUACAUGGGCGGAAUCGGGUUCCAAGAAUUCUGCAUCUUGAUCUUCACCAGCAUCGCCGUUAAAUUCUUCAUCGACGCGAAUCGACGCGAACGAACCGAAGGCGGGAACCAGAUCCUCGACAGCCGACCGCGAAACUGGAGGAAGCUGCUCUAUGUCAUGUUCGCCGUGUUGGCCCUCAUCACCAUGCGCAUCAUUUUCAGACUUUGUGAAUUCGCGGCCGGUCUCGACCCCUCCAAGAACCCCAUUCCUUACCACGAAGCCUAUUUCCUGGUCCUUGAUGCGUUGCCAAUGUUUGUUGCGUUGGUGCUGUUCAAUGCGGUGCAUCCUGGUCAUGUUCUGCAGGGUGAGGGAAGUGAGUUCCCGAAGGGUCCUACAAGGAAGGAGAAGAAGGAGGCGAAGAGGAUAGCUAAAGAAGAGAAGAAGGCGGCUAAGGAGGAAAAAAAGGCUUUAAAGAGAGCGCAGAAGGAAGGAAAGCUUAGUAUGGAGGAGAUGGUUUAGGUUGAGCUUUGUGACAUGUACGCAUAUCGAGCGAAGGAGUUUUGGAGUAAUUAUAGAAAGCGAUUGGGACAUUGGAAGCCGUGGUUCUGAGAGAUGGUUUUGGAGCCCGGAUUAGCUGAAUAGAUAGACCAAA